GGUUUGCCAAAUAGGGGUUUUAAAUGUUGCGGUUGCAGUUAGACGGCACAAGUACUUGUACGGGUAUGAUAUUACCGUAUUGCCAGAUAUUGGGGGCUAAAAGAAUAACACACGUAUAUCACGAAAGACGAUACCGGUACAACCCAUUGCAAGUCUCUCCCUUUCCAGCCCUUUUCCGGAAUUCUCUUUCUCAAGGGCAUGGGUUCCUGGUUUCUUUGCUUGCGGUUUGGGGCGUUCCGCUCUGUGCGCAUCCCAUCACUCGAGUGGGUGAGUGGGCGCGUAGUUAGACCACUAUCGUGCCGGUAGUAGUCAAUUGCUUGUAUGAUAAACUAGCGGUACCUUACCACGGUACGAUACAGUACGGCACAUGCCGGUAGAGCACUGUACGAGUACUGUACUCGCACCGGUACAGCAUCCGUAGACCAGUGGUUGUCAAUUGCCUGCUGGCCCCGGUUGCUUCCUUUUCCCUCUUUGUUUGGGCACGCGAGCUCCAGUCUCCCCUCCCCUCCACCACUCAUCAUUCAUAUCAUCAUACCUUCUCCCAUCCUCCCCCUCCCUCCCUCCCUCCAUUCCCCUCUUCGCCGCCUGAGCCAUGUGGCUGUUACCCCGCACUCACUUCCCUUCGUCGUCAUCCUCAUCGUCAUCAGGGUCCUUAUGCCGCGUCCUGGCCAUCCUUUCCUUCCUUUUGUUUGCUGUUGCCCUGCUCGCUACCCCAGCAGCCGCUUCGCGAGGUGACCGUCUCCCGGAAUUCAAGGAUUGUGUGCAGGUUCAGCUCCCCCCCUCCCUCUCAAUCCCCUUCGGAUCUCCUGACCAUCUAUCUGCCUCUUCCUCUUCUCCUACCCACCUACCCACCUACCCACCUGCCCACCUGCCCACCUAUCCUAUCUUCUCCAUCUCCAACUCCAUCUCACGCUUAUCUCUCCAUGCUCGCUUCUUUUUCCUUUUCCCUUUUUUCUCCUCCCUUCUCCCUGGUUCUGGUGAUCACGCUUCGUAACUCCUAAUUCCUCUUGCAGGGCUGCAAAGAGGGAAACUGUCUUUCCGAGAAGACUCCGCUCCCUCUGCACCUCCGUCUCCUCCUUUGGAAUUGCCCCUCCGAAUGCGAUUAUGCAUGUCAACGGUCCGUCACCGCUUCACGAGUUGGGAGUGGCCAGUCAAUCGAACAAUUCCAUGGAAAGUGGCCAUUCAAACGACUUUGGGGCGUCCAGGAGCCCUUUAGCGUGCUCUUCUCGAUCCUGAACGGCCAUGUCCACUAUGCUGGCCUGAAAAGCCUCAAGCGCGAAUUACCUCGCUCAUACCCGCUCUACCCAUACUACAGGCUCUUCAGCAUCUUUGGCAUGUUCUGCUGGCUUUGGUCCACCGUCUUCCACACGCGUGACUUCGUCUUUACGGAGAGAAUGGACUACUUUGCUGCUGGCGCUAAUGUCCUCUACGGCCUGUAUCUCGCUCCAAUCAGGAUAUUCAGGCUCUAUAGGCCAACCUAUGCGCGUAUUCUGCGUAUCUGGGGGAUGGUGUGCAUCGCUGCUUACGCUGUUCACCUUUUCUUCCUCCUGGGCGUCCGCUGGGACUACACUUACAACAUGACCGCCAACGUCGUUGUGGGAUCCAUUACGAAUAUCCUGUGGACGUACUGGUCCAUUCGGCACUACACAAGACUGAAGAGCUUCUGGGCCGCUUGGCCUGGUCUGAUCGUUAUGUGGUUGAUUAUGGCUAUGAGCCUGGAACUGCUCGAUUUUCCACCUGUCGCUGGGGCUCUAGACGCCCACAGCCUCUGGCAUGCCGCCACGAUCCUGCCGGGUAUGUGGUGGUAUAGGUACGUAGCAACUCUCCCUCUGCCGACUGCUUUGUCUUACGUUUUGCAUUUUGCUCUUCUUUCCAUCCUCCCUUCACCUUGCCCUGGUUGCCACGUCCACUACGUACGCCCUUGCUGACGAAAAAUUUACCAUCUGUCAGAUUCCUGAUAGUGGAUUCAAGAAAAGACGUCGGAUCCGUCGUCCCACCACAAAGAUUGAAAGCUUAAAAAACCCCUCUCUAUCUUCCCCGUCAUCGUUAUCAUCACUCCCCCACAUACUUUGUAUAUGCUUUUUAUUUUACCCCCACCCCCCUCUAGGCAUUCAUUAGAAUGCCCUUGGCUACCGUAACCUAUUAAUAUGGAAACCAAAGGAUACCAAGGAUAGCGUAUUGCCACAAAGUGGAUCAGGGAUUCGGGACACCAGGAAUCUUUUUUUUUCCUCGGUCACGGUAUUUUGUCUUUUUUGUCUCAUUGUCUACCCUUCGGGAAAUGCGUGGCGAACGAUCGAGGAGGAGGAAAGCUCCGGGAUUACUCUGCAUGCGUGCAUAGCCAAACCAUGUGCUGCUAUUGAUUUCAUUUCACGGAUACCCUAUUUUGUUGUCGAUAACGUCAUUACUUAAUGCUUGCUUCUUCAUCUUUUGUCCCUUUUCUGUUUCUGCACUGCGUUGCGUGGAUAUCGUAACGUUACCAUAUUCCUAUCUCCUUUUGUCAUUGUUCGGAGGGUAUUAGAGGGGAUGGUGGGUGGGUGGCAAACUCGAGUGCCGACACUGUGCCCCCCAAAAAGCACACCGCAUCGCACGGCGCAGUCCGACGGAGCAAGCAAGCUCGGCGGAAGACUCAGAUGAGGGAUUAUAAACACACCCAGUGCACUGCUCUCGUACUGUACUGUGUCUUAUGUACUGUACCGUAUCCGAGUGCUCUUUUCCACCCUCUUGACACAUCUCGAGUACCCCAGGCAGCAUCGUCCUGUCGAUCGGUAUUACAAAAAAAAAGACCUCGACUACCGGUUCAGCUCCGUUCGUAAAGUUCUCGCGGAAGGAGAGGUAACAUCGCAGCGUCUUGGCGGCAGCGAAAGUACUGACUAGAAGUGGGGAUGGAAUUGUUAAAUGUAAAAUUCAGGUAUCGCAUAUGGUACUUGGCAAUACCGGUGUUUCGUACUGUCAUACUCGUGC